AUGUCCAGCUAUCAGGGCCAGGGCCGCCCACAGUAUGGCCCUCCGCCUAUUCAGCAUCAGCAGCCGCCCUACCAGGCCGCCUCGUACGGGCCUCCUCAACACUCACCUCAGCCGUACCCGAACCAGGGUCAACCCUCGCCGCAACACGUCUACUACCAGCAAGGACAGAUGCAACAGCAACAAUUUGCGUAUCCACCGCCCGGCAACAGCCCCAAUCAGUAUCAGCAACAGAUGCCCGCCCAACAGCCUUAUGGUGGCCGUCCCCCUCCGUCCCCUCAGCAUCAACACGGUCAGCAGCAAGGCCGCCAGGACUUGGUCCAGGCUCCCCCCAGCGCCCCCCAGCACUUUGGAAGUGGCGCCCCCCAGAGCUACUCUUUCAAGUACUCGCAAUGCACUGGCCGCCGCAAGGCCCUUCUCAUUGGAAUCAACUACUUUGGCCAGCGCGGCCAACUGCGCGGUUGCAUCAAUGACGUGCGCAACAUGACGUCGUACUUGGCAGAGCAUUUUGGGUACCGACGCGAAGACAUGGUCAUUUUGACCGACGACCAACAGAACCCCAUGAGCCAGCCCACCAAGCAAAAUGUUCUGCGAGCCAUGCACUGGCUGGUCAAGGAUGCCCGUCCCAAUGACUCCCUCUUCUUCCACUACUCAGGUCACGGCGGUCAAACAAAAGAUCUUGAUGGCGAUGAGCCAGAUGGCUACGACGAAGUCAUUUAUCCCGUGGAUUUCCGCCAGCACGGGCACAUUACCGACGACGAAAUGCACCGAAUAAUGGUCCAGCCUCUCUGCGCCGGCGUACGAUUGACGGCCAUCUUCGAUUCCUGCCAUUCCGGCACCGCGCUGGAUCUGCCCUACAUCUACUCGACGCAGGGCAUCCUCAAGGAGCCCAACCUGGCCAAGGAGGCUGGCCAGGGCCUGCUCGGUGUUAUUUCCUCGUACAGUCAAGGCGAUCUUGGUGGCAUGGGCAGCCAAUUGGUCAGCCUCUUCAAAAAGGCGACCAGCGGCGAGGAGGCCCACAGCCGUGCCAUUGCCACCAAGACUUCUCCUGCCGACGUUGUCAUGUUGUCGGGCAGCAAGGAUGACCAAACUUCUGCCGAUGCCAGCAUUGGCCUCCAGGCGACUGGUGCCAUGUCGUGGGCUUUCAUCACCUCUCUCAAGAAGAACCCACAAAUGAGCUACGUCCAGCUGCUCAACAGCCUCCGCGACGAGCUCGCCACGCGGUACACGCAGAAGCCCCAGCUGUCCUGCAGCCACCCCCUAAACACCGACCUCCUCUUCGUCAUGUAA